CCUCCAGACAGUUCAAAAGAGGGAGAAGGGAUACCACUGAUCUCAGAACACUGCAGCAAGACUGAAUCUGGAGAAAGAACUGUAUCCACAUUCUGCCGUGGCAAGAAUGGCCUCAGAGACCUCUUGAGACAUCUUGUCUACAUUUCACUGUUUAAGUGACCAGCGUGCAUCUGACCCUGUACUAUUGCAAACUGCCUCAGAAGUUGGCCCCGUACAACUGGUGUUUGAAGGUGGGGACAGUCUAGGAGCCCCUCAGAAGGAUUCUAAAAUGGUCCUGACAGCGGCUUUGAAGGAUCUCAGGAUGGAGGUUCAUGCUGGCUUUUGUGUCACGCCAUCUCUCCAUCACCAGAAAAGCACCCACAGCCAGAAGGUAGGAGGAGCCAAACUCAGGAAUACGUGGUACAAUGAUCUGGUCUUUGAAAGAUGAUUCGGCAGGACUCAUGGGAGAUGUUCAGAUCUAAAGGAGUGCACUCGGCCCUGCAAACUCUCCCACAAGACCCAGUUCAGCGCCGCAUUUUCGUGCUGUUACAUCUCAGCACUGACCUUGCCGUGCUGCUUGGAGCAGCGCCGCUGGCUCCCCUGGGUUGCGGUCAGUGGAAGGCAGCGUGGUGCCCGCGUCGUGAUGCACAUGUGGUGCUGCGCGGAGCCUGGCUCUGUGUGCUUGACGUCAAAAUUCAGGUAUUCUCCGUCACUAUGAGCUUAUUUCAUAGAGAGACUGUAGCCCGAUUGAUCAGUGGAUAGUAAGUCUCCCAUCUGAAGACGGGUUGAUUUGGUUCCUUUCUACCACUAAGGAUUGUGGCUGGUGAAUGUAUUUGCCCCACCAUCUCUAAGUUGAUGGUGUGCCAAGGACAGAUGUCAAGCAUCUCCUUCUCUGGAUUUCAUGUGGUGUCUUCUUAACGCAUUGCGACGCCUUGGCCCCACUGGCAGCGCAGGAUAUGGAGGCUCUUGAAGUUGAUGACAUUAGCCCUGCCUUGGAAGUGACUGAAGACUUUUUCAAUAGUUUUGAUACUAAGCUUGAAAAGAUUGUGCAGCCCUCUGAGGUCUACGGUGUACAGGAGGUGCCGGAACUGGUUGGGCACGAGGUAUUUGAUCAGGUAACAGGGAGCAGGAAUCUGAGGAAUGUCGCCUCCUUAGCCAAAAGUAGCCUCUUAUGGGAUCACUGCAAAAAUGGCCUCUUGGAAACCAAAGCUCAAACAGUAUUCCCUGCCAAAGACCAGCAUGUGGUGCAGAGGGGAACAGCUGCUGACAACCUUGCUUGGGCAGGGGAAGGGGAGACCGCAGCUUUUAACAUCUUCAAUAUCUGCCAGCGGAGGAGAGACAGGCCCCGCUCAGUGAAUGACAUCCUGGUGCAGAAUGAGGAAGCCUCCACAUUCAAACCAGGGCACAACAGGUCACGCUCUGAUAUCAGCCAUGUAAACUGGGGAAUGGUCUUCACCGGCACCUCCUUGCAGCAGCCACCUGCGCCUGGUCAGGUCAAUAACUGUGCUUUGCUCUCUUACCUGGCUUUAACCAAGGGAGAGGACAUUCAAGGAAAUACAGAACACAAGCCAAUGUUCCCAAAUAUUCUGAAGAAGGGAUAUUUAGAAAUUAGAAGAGACAAUGACAGCUACUGGCAAACCUGUUACGCUGAGCUCUCCCCAUACAAACUGUACCUAUAUUGCUUGGACAGCAGUGGCAACCAGACUCUUCCCACUGUGUAUCCACUCAUGCUUUUUCAAAGGGUCACUGUUAGUGGUUGCAUUGAAACCAAGGUGGUGGACGCUGUCUUGUCAGACAACUCACAGCUGCAGCUGAAGGCGGAGUCCUCAUGGGAGGCUUUGGACUGGGGACAGAAACUGUGGGAAGUGGUGCGUGCUUCUGUGCCUGCUUUCACAAGACAGCAGGAGAAACUGGAGAAUGUGCCAAAGCCUGAAAAUAACAGUGACCUUUCUCAAACCAAUGGAUUGUUAGAGAAGCCUAUGGAACUCUUCCUAUCCAUGAAUUUGACUGAAAACACUAAAGAGUACCAAAAUAUUCUCAAAUCAGGGACUCUUUAUAGGUUAACUGUCCAGAAUAACUGGAAGGCAUUUACUUUUGUCUUGAACAGGUCUUACCUCAUGGCAUUCCAGCCGGGUAGGCUUGAUGAAGAUCCUCUGCUGAGCUACAAUGUCGAUGUGUGCCUGUCGGUCCAGACAGAUACUCAGGAUGGCUGUGACUCUUGCUUUCAGGUCAUUUUUCCUCAAGAUGUCCUCCGCCUGCGUGCAGAGACCCGUCAGAGGGCCCAGGAGUGGAUGGACGCACUGAGAGCAGCAGCCAGCACUACCAGAAGUUUAACUCAGAAUCCACAGGUCACACUUAGGAACAAACCUGGAGAUCGGCCCUUUGGAAAUGAUCUUAGAAAGAGCAAGCGCCAGUCUGUGACCACCAGCUUCCUGAGCAUCCUGACCACGCUGUCUCUAGAGAGGGGGCUCACAGUUCAGAGCUUCAAGUGUGCAGGCUGUCAGCGCUCCAUAGGCUUGUCCAAUGGGAAAGCCAAGGUGUGCAGCUACAGUGGAUGGUAUUACUGCAGCACCUGCCAUGUGGAUGACAGCUUCCUCAUCCCUGCACGACUGGUUCAUAAUUGGGAUACUUCCAAAUACAAGGUGUCAAAGCAAGCCAAAGAGUUCCUGGAAUAUGUUUAUGAGGAGCCAUUGAUUGAUAUCCAGCAGGAAAACCCCAUGUUGUACAAGCAUGCUGAACCUCUGGCAACUGUUGUCCGCCUGAGACAGCAGCUAAAAUCUCUCCGAGCCUAUUUGUUCAGCUGCAGAGCAGCAGUGGCUGAAGAUCUGCGUAGAAGGAUCUUUCCCAGAGAGUAUCUUCUCCAGCAAAUCCAUCUUUAUUCCCUUGCAGACCUUCAGCAGGUUAUUGAAGGAAAACUGGCUCCUUUCUUGGGGAAGGUGAUCAAGUUUGCCACCUCUCAUGUAUACAGCUGUAGCCUUUGUAGUCAAAAGGGCUUCAUCUGUGAGAUUUGCAACAAUGGAGAAAUACUUUACCCCUUUGAGGACAUGUCUACAAGCAGGUGUGAAAGCUGUGGUGCUGUCUUCCACUCUGAGUGUAAAGUGAAGGCUGUGCCAUGCCCCAGGUGUGUCCGUAAAGAAUUGCAGAAGAAGCAGAAAUCCUUCUGGAGGCGACUGAAUAUGGAUGAAAACUUCGAAGAGUCUUGCAACAUGUUUGAGUUGUCUUAUCAGAACACAUGAAUUUCUUAAGGCAGUAGCCAGUCUGAAGAGAAUCCCUUUCCCAGCUGCCAGUUCAAGCAGCUUCUCAGCUUAGCCAGGCAGAAGUCUUUUUGCAAAAUAUUAUCUGACCUUCUUCAUCUGUGAAUAGCAGCUGCCAAAGUGGCCAUAAAGCCUUGAUGGCUUUGAAAUACCAAUGGCUGAACUGCAUUUUGCGUUGAAGUCCAGCCUCUAGCUGUCAUACAAAAUGUGGUUUACUUGAAAUGCUUUAGGUCUAGCUAAUUAGGCACCCAACUUUUUCUUUUCCACCUCUGGAGAAGAUUUUUCAUCAAGGCAGUAAAUACUUGCUGCCCUGACCACAUUAUUUUUUAUGUUGUUCAUUUAGAAUUGAUGAAUCAUCUACUUAUUUAUGUGUAUUAUUUAUUUAUUAUUAGCCUCGGCAGAGGUUCUGGUGAGGUGUUUCACAGAACCCAACAGGGCAGGAAUGAUUUUAAACCCACCUGCUCCUGAUGUGAACACAUGGUUCCAUUUCCUCGUGUUUCCAGAGAACUGUUUUUAAAGGAUCAGUGCAUUUACCUGUCACUUCUCCUUGAGGAAAGAAGAGUAUCUCCCAUCAAACCUUAUUUGGGGUGCUUGCAAACAUAAGAUGCAGAAUAAUGUUUCAGCUCUGUUUAUAUAUUUAUAACCACCCCAGUGAAUUAUUCCAUAUGCAGAUAAGCAGGGGACUUGCUACUGUUUAUGUUCAGGCUGGGUAUAUCGGUUAAGCUCUGUCACUGAAGUCCGCUGAGUUUUACACUGGUUAUUCUCGACCUGUGUGAGGCCACAUCCUCAUCUCCAGUAACAUGUUGUUUUCUGACUUCCUGCUAGUCUCGUGUUUUAAGACAUUUUAAGUGUCCACAUUGGUUUUGUUUUUAUUUCAUGAAGUUUACUUUAAAUGUUUCUCUAACCUGAACCUGUUAGACUGAUAGCCAGGAAAGUGGUCUUGCCCACGUUGGUGAGAAAAUGCCUCCAAAACUGUGAAACACUAGUCUGCUGUGUUCAUCUGCAACUUGUGUCCUGUGUUCUCUGCGAGCACUAAGGGAUUUUAUACUUCUGUAGUGACUUCCAUGGUGGAAAGCGAAGUUCCUCAAGAUACGAUUCUGCUCCACACACCUGGAACACAGGGAAGUAUUAAACAUGGUGAAUUACAUAUAUUGUGAAAGGGGAGUACAUGAUGGAUUUAACUGAGGAGAUGUGUCAUCACUGGCGGUGUGUUUAAUUCAUUUUGGCUUCGUCUCCGGUAAGCACUUAAGAGAUUGUCCCUCCAGCCCACAUUCUUAACUCUUUUCUCCAGACCCUGCAGUAAUAUGUGUACUACAUAGAUAUGAAAGUGUUCACAUAUAUAUACACACAGACACACACAUACACCUAUGUACAGAAAGCAAAUAUUGUUUCAGGAGAAAAAAGCCAGUUGCAUGUGUAUUUUUCCUCUCCUCUCACAUAGGUUUAUGAAAAUGCAAAAUACUGAUCUUGGCUUCCUAUAUAAUCUGCAGGCUGUUGUAUUCAAGGCAGAAAGCAGUCUUGGUCAUUGAAGCGCCUCACUAAUUGCUGAAGUAUUUUAAAUAAAAGAACAGGAAUACGUCAUGCUUAUGUUAAAAGGUAGAAUGCUACAAUGAAUUGCCUUGUACUGGAGUGUAAGUGGUUACCUUUCCUAGCUUCCAGUCAAGGAAAGUAGCUUAAUCUGAGCUUUCUUGAUUUUGAGUGCAACUACUGUCUCUCUCUAUACAUAUUUAUAUAAAAGCAUGUUUAUAUCUGUAUACAUUAGACAACCAGUGCCUUUCUUUUCCAGAAGUCCUUCUCUCAGUGGGAUUCUUUGGAAGGAAGUGAGGGUUUUUCCAUGUUCUUGGCAAAGUAGUAUAGGGAUUCCCAUAUUUAAUAAACCUAGUGAAUCAUGCACCUUUGUCACUUCCCCUACAUGGCAGUGUCUGUCUCAGCUCACUAUUCCUCAUGUGAAAAGCGUUGCUUUUGGCUAUCAUCCUUAAAGAUGUGAUGUUCCUUGCAAGUCCAUUCCCACGUGAAGAAUUCCCUGCAUGUUCACAAUGCAAACACUAGGGAAGUAUUGUGGAAUUAGUCAUGCAAACAGGAACUGCAGUGGUACUGGCUGAAUGAACAGUAUGCUCCUGGGGUUUUCAGCAUGCGUUACUACUAGUCCUGUGGCAAAGCCAGUAGUUCUGAAACUGUCAGAAUCUAGCAGGUACUAUUUUAACUUAGAUCUAGACAUAAUGGUAGACCAUUAAAGAAAAAAGGGCGGUGUUCUUCAUAUCAUCAUGCUCUGGUGUUUAAGAUCCCUUACAAUGCUGGUCAUGUCCAGCUCAGUUUAGAGAACGCUGCUUAUGUGCACUGUCAAAAACCCUACGGAGUCAGGGAAUCAAGGUUUAGACAUUGCAAACUACGACUUUGACAGAUGUCCUGAUCUCCGAAGUACCAGUCGUGUGUGGGUAGUUAGAUAUCCUAGCUGAUUCUGGAAUAACAACAUAGACAGCAUUGGAGUUACUCUGGGUUUGUGCAGGUAUUACAGAGCAGUUUCUUUGCUGAUGGAGAGGAGAGGGGGAAAAGAAAAAAAAGAAGGAAAAAAAAAAAAAAGAGUAUGAUGUCAGUAAAACUACUGGAAUAAUUAGUCAUGGGUCUGGAACCACUACCAUUACUAACGGCAAAGAGCAGAAGGGUGUUGUUACAAUAUACUGGCAGCACCCAAAGCUUUAUGUAAAAGAAUGCUGUACAAUACAGGUCAAACUCACUUCUUUAAAAUCCAAUGUUGUGGUAAAAAAGCCAGUUUCUAAAAUGGAUACAUGUUCAUUUCUACUUUGGAAAAGUAAUACAGCUUUUCACAGUAGCUAUAGGAGCAGACUGUGAUGUGGAAGAUGCUUUCCUCUCAGGGAUGCCUAGCUCCUGUUCAAAAAAAGUUACUCUGUAUGAACAGUUAAGAUAAAGUCUUCUGUCGCUGCCUUUCGUAAGCAUAAUGAAAGGCUUGAGCCUCGCCUCAGAAGGUGCCGAUGCAGUAGGAACAAGCCCUAUUCAUUUUUCAGGACUGCAAGGCAAAAGAGUAAACUGAAACUAUUGCUCACAUUACUAGCUCAGAAGACCCAAGUCUAACAGGACAGUUUUCCUGCAAGAGCCAUCUGCUAGAAGGGGACUCAGUCUGGGGUCCUGUAGAGACGGUCUGGGUGUCAGACAGCACUGUACCCCUGGGUGGUUGCCUCUGCUGUACUGACAGUGCUGUAUGCUGGUCCCCAUUUAGAUUCUUUUCCCAACCUGCAGCCCAUAGCCUGCACAUGGCUCUGCUCUGCAGACUUCUGGGUGGGCAUCGGCUGGCAAAGUACCUGCGGUCUUUCCGGAUUGCACAGCUCUCUCCACCCCCCAUCCCCAGGUGAAGUUACAUCUUGUCCUACCCACACAUGCAAUAAAUUUUAACAACAGCUUUUAAUUGUGCAUCAGGAAUAAAAUGUGCUGUUUGUCUCCUUCACAGAGGAGGUGCUUUCAUAGCUGAUGGGGGAGGGAUUGAUCUGUACAUCCGGGUACUGCUUUUGCUUGUACAGAACUUGUAAUCGGUGUAGAAGUAGGGUACUUCACCGCAAUGGACUAUAGCCUAACUCUACAACUACUUAGAAAUGUCUCAUCUCAGUUUAGUUAGAUACAUAUUGUUUUAAUCUAGGACACUGUAGCGAUCCUUAUUCAAGUCUCUUUUCCUCUUUACCAUGACCCUGUAGCUUUCCUUUAAUGGGAAGAAAGACCUACCUAGGGGAUGGAAAUUGCACUUCUUUUUUAUAUUACCAACCUAUAAAAGAGGAAUUUGGCUCUCUUACGUAGAAAUCUUUUUAUUGCUUUUUUGGGCCUGUCUUAGGUGAUAAAAAAUGAUGGGUUUGUGAUGAGACACAACAUUGUGGCUGGCACAUACCAAUAUGAGCUCAUUGCUGGGAUGAUAGGAAUUGGCAGCUGUGAGGCUUUCCUAGGUAAGUGGGAGAAGGUACUUUUUGGUGAGGAACUGGUUUUUCACAAUACUCCACAAGCUCUCGUGGCCCUGUUAGGAGUAAAUCAUCAGGGUACCUCUAGGGCUCCUCUUGUCAAAGCUUCUCUUAAUAUCAGGAUACUGUGUGUAUUAUAAUGGAUUGAUGAUAAUGUCCUGAAGACUUUAAAAAAAAAAAAAAAAAAAGCAGGGGGUAUUUAUUAAACAAUGAAGUGGGGAAGCUGCACACUUGUAUUAUGCUUUUUCCCUGUAGCAGCAGAAGCCACUGAGUUUCCCAGGCUUCCCAAGGUCACGGCCUGGAUUGCAACUGACUGUUGGUCUGUAGAAAAGAAAUGUAAUUGAGUAAUCACCAUAAUCUUCUCUCUAUUUUCCUGCUGCAAGCCAGUCCACCCUCUCUCUCUCACUGCCCCUUCCCUGUCUUUGCUCACAGUGCUGAGCCUACAGCUGGACUUUGAGCUUCAUAGCUCAUGGCGUUGCUUUUGAACCAGUCGAGUCUGAUCAUUCUCUCCUUUGUAAUUUGCCCUCCAGUUUUCCCUUCCCAGUAGGAGUGCCUUACAGUACUGUAUAUUAGUGUCUAUCUUCCUGGUUUGGAUUUCCUGAUUGAAUCUGCUGUUCGAUUAACUUGUAGGCUUGAACUGAAACUCUCCUGUGGCUGCGCAUGCUCUUUUGCAGAGGCAGCUGAGUAAAUUGGUUUGCUUGUUCUCCCUUCAUGAAGUGAGCUCUACAGGCUGCAUGUACCAGCUCUGAAGACACCAAGCGACAUGGAAACCCCUCACUUUUGCUCAAUUUGGUGCCUUAAAUUUUCAAAAGUGAAGUAUUUUGUCAGGAAUGCUCUGCCGUGAUGCAGUGUGUUUGGCAUUGGAGCUCGAAACCCUUGCUCAUGGAGUUUCUGUCUUGCUAAGAGGGGUGACCAUAAAAUGUGUUUACUGUCUAUGCUUUGAGAGGGAAAUAUGAGAAAGGGUGGCAUGGAGAUUGUGUUGGGUUUUAUUACCUAUAUUUUGGAGACUAGCUGGGCUUCUUUUCAGCCAGAAAUGUGAUGGUGCUUAUGUGAGACCUUCAGGACCUGCGCAUAUGCAAUAAUGGCAAGCACUAGGCAUUAAAAUAGGGUUGGGUCACAUGCAAUUGUGCUCCUUCUGGGACCGCUGGCCCAGACCGCGCCGCAUGGCAAGGGCCUCCCAUAGGCACCCCCUACCCGCAUGCACAGCGGGGUCCAGCGCUGAGGAGUGAGGGCAUUUCCUCAAAGCUUCAUUUUGAUGCAGCCUGGUUCCCUGAAGGUUAACCUAGUGAGCGUCUGGUCAGCCUCACCUUGGAGAGAGGGUUAACCUACUUAAAUUUUAGCAUUAUUUGCUAAAGUAUGUGGCUAACUCUUCCAGUAUGUAUCAGCCCUGAACACGUGUCCAUACUGACUGUGAUCUUUUAAGUCCACGUUUGACACCAGUAGCAGGAUCCCAUUUGACAUGGCAGUGCUGUUGCUGCAUUUUAGCAGUGUUGUGAGGAGACAGCCCGGAUGGUAAUGUGCAAAGUCCUCCUUUAUUUGAAAACCCUGGUGUGCACACACUGGCUUGGGUCAUAUCUUAAAAUGCCAACUUCGUCCAAAUUCCUUAGGGUGGCUGCUAAUCCCAGUCACAGAGAUGCCACUUGUGGGCAGCAUCCGAGAAGUCCAGGCCUGGAAAGCUGUCAGCUCUCUAGGAGCAAAGUCUAUUAGGCCUCAUCUAAUUGCACAAAUGUCAGCGGCUCAUUUAUUUAUUUGUGUCUAACGCACAUGUUAAACCAGUAUAAAUCCUUGAAUACACAGCGUUGUUUUGGUGGAAAAAGAAAUCGUUACAUUUUGCUGAUGCACUUGUCUACAAAGUUGAUCUUACUUAAACUGAAGUGUACUUUGGGCCUGAUUUUUAAUGGCAUUGACACGUGUGACAUCUGGUUAGCUUAUACAGUCCCUUCUAUACUUGAGCUAAGCAAGAGUAAGAACUAAUGAGCAAAACAUGUCUUUGAAGAGUUUUAAGUGAUAAAGGCAGCUUCCAAAUCAACUUUAGUUCAGCCAAGGCAGGUAGAAGCCGGGCACGGGCAGCAGAGCGCAGUGGCUGGUGCUGGCCCUGGCAGCCUGGGCGUUCCUUCCUGCCAGAGCACCAGCUCACCUGCAGCAUUUGUGAUGGAUUUAGCAUCACUGGCAGCGCACCCUGAGUUUUUGGAAAACCAUUACAUGUGGUGCCACUAUUAACCUAUUGGCAACAUCAUUAUGUGUGUUUCAUUGUUCUUGUGUUUACAUUGUUUGGUUGGUUUUUUACUCUUGACAAGGAUUUUUUUAAAUUAUCUGCAACUACUAGGCAAUAGCCUUAAUUUAUUAUUGAUGUGUAAUAAUGCUAUAAUUUAAAUUCAGUGAGUUGAAUUGCUUGUCGACACUUGAGCGGGGUUUAUUUGGGUUCACUUGUGAUGGCAUUAGUGCACCAGUCCCUCCCUCGUGUAUAAAGGCAACUCUCAAUAAACACUAAAAAAAUGUUA